AUUUACAUUUGAACCCUGAGCCAUGACAUAUCUCUUCACUUUAACCCUUACCUUAAAUCUAGUAAAAAUAAAUGAAAUCGAAGCAUCUCUCUCCCUAAAAUGUCAGAGAUAAACAACAAGCAACACUUCACUAGAUUCUCAAAUCCUCACAAAUAACAAACACAUUUCAAACAAUCUUCUUCUUUUAUUUCUCUCAGAAUGAACCCUAAAAAUGAUAAUCCCCAAAAUCAUCUUCUUCGCCAACAAAACCCUAACCCUAUAACACCCGAAUCAGAACAACAGCAACAACACCAUCAGAAACCCCCAAUUCAUUUCCACAAUCUUCUAGAAGAAGAGAAACGAGACUCCCCCAUCCAAUCAAUUUCUGAUAUUGUUGUAUUUAGAGAUGAAGAUGAAGAAGAAGUUGAUGAAUCUGGUGGUGGAAGCCCUAGCUCAUCAGAUAUUGAUGAUUCUUCUUCUUCACAACAUCAAAAUCAAGGGAUUAUUACAUCAUCUACAAUUGUUCCAUCUGAAUUAAGAACAACACCAGUUUAUAUUAACACAGAACCACAUAUUUCUUCACAAUUUUAUACAUUUAAUCGUGAUUCUUAUGCAUUGAUGGUUCAAUGUAUUCUGGAGAGAAGAUUAGCAACAACAGAUGAGAUUCAGAAAGCUACACCAAGGUCUGUGCUUAAAAGCUGGAGGUCUGUAUGGAAAGAUCGGAACGAAGAUACUGCUUAUCUUACGGCAUGGAAACGGAUACAAGAUAAGUUAAAUGCUCAUAUUGAUGCUCAUGGUAAUCAAGUUUUGUAUUUUAAGAAUAAUGCGCAACAGUAUGUUUCACAUGUUAAUCAAUGGCAAGACAUUGUGAUGACUUAUCAUAGUGAUGGUGAUUUGAAACAUUUAGGGUUAAAAGAAACUAUUGAUAGGAUUAAACAGAUAUGGACUGUCGGGGCGAAGUUUUAUGGAAUUCCCGAGUCUUUUAUUAGGGUUUGUGUUAGUUCGUGCCUUGUUUGCAAUGGUCCUUCGGGUUCUAGUGGGAAAAAUAAAAGACGUAGGUUUGAGUAUACUGAAACAUUUGAAUUACCAGCGAAAGAAGUACCUCAAAGACUUCAGCAGUUAGCUGUAAAACAUAAGGUUGUGCUUUGUAUUAGACAAAAGUAUAUCAGGUAUAAACCAUUUAUGGCUGAAGUUAAAGAUUAUGCAUGUCAUAGAGCAGGACAGCCGUCUACGAAGAAAUCGAAGCUUUUGAAGAGGGAACCUUAUGCUUCCAAGAGAUGCGGAUGUGGGUUUAGAAUUAGGGCAAUUGUUCCGAUAGAAAAUUAUAAAGAGAAAGAUAAGACGUUUGUUUAUCAGGAUGAAGGAAUGGCAGUUUUCAAACUUUAUGCUGUUCAUUCAGGGCAUGAACCAGGGCCACUAGAUGGAAAUGCAAGGAUUGUGCACAGAGUUGUUGGGCAUAAAGGAGUAGAAAUGUUGAUGGAUCAGGAAAUAGUGUAUGGAAUGAAUGAGGAUAUGGAAACAGUUGCAUUUGGUUUGAUGGGUAAGGAUGAUGGUGAUUUGCAACUUUCUGUUAUGCUUAAAGUGCAGGAGUUAAAAGCUGAGGCUGCUUUGUUGGAUGGGAAAGUUGGGAAAUAUCCUCAGGAGCUUUUGGGUUCUUUGUCUCAGGAACUGUCUGAUAUUAUUAAUAGGCUUCGGAGUAUCGGGGAGGAUGUGUCUGGGCCAGUUGAAUUGCAUAUUGAUAAGCAGCAGUCUGAUGAUGUGUUAGUGGAAGCGAGUGAUCUCGCUCAUUGGGGUGAUCAUGAACAUGAUCAUAUGUAUGGGGAUGGAAAGGACACUGAUUUGAUUGAGGAUGAUGAAGAUAGUUUCAGACAGCCACUUGACGAUGUUGUGCCAUGGGAUCAGAUGAGAGCGGAUUGUAGGAGUAGUAAGAGUUUAUUGAGCGAGAAUUGUAAACCCGACAGAUGGUUGAAGGAUACUUGUGGUGAAUUUGAUGAGAAGAGCAUCCUAGAUUGUGAGGAUUCCAAGUUGAUAAAGCCUUCAAGACACGACGGUACAACAAUAAUGACAGAUUCUGGUGUAGUUGGUAUACAGGUGGACAGUUUCUAUCCCGAGAGUUCAAAGUGGUAUGAUUCUCCCUGCAGUUUGGAUCCUAGUGCAGACUGUGGGGAUAGUGGAUUCAGACCUGGGGAGAUCGUGUAAGUCAUAAACCUAAACCCACUUGUAGCUUGUUUAUACUGUAUAAGGUGCCAUAUGCCCCUCUUUUAAUGUUGACAGUGGGGUUGUAAAUUGUAUAUACGGAAGCUCAGAACCUGCCACACAUGCUUUUGGUGUUGUUACAAUGUGGUGGUUCCGUAAAUUGUGCUGUUGGCUUCCUGCACAGGUUUUCACCUUUUAACCCUUUCUUUUUAUAUUCUGAUUUUAUGUCGACUCUUCCAACAAUGCACAUAAUGAUUUUUAUUUUAUUUUUACCUUUCUUUAA